ACACAAUUUUUUCCAAACGUAAAAGUGGUUUAUGAAAAUAAGGUCGACGUUAAGAUCUGCGGGUUUAACUCGUGUAGUACAGCUUAGCAAAGCUUUAGCAAAGUUUAGACUGGUCGACAGUACCACAUGUCAAAUUGGUCUGCUGUAAGCUGUGCUUGUCGUAACUUUAGACUUUAAGCACCUCGCUUCUUCAAACCUAUGCCAUUAAAUACACAGGGGCAGUCAAGAAAUGAAAGCUGGAAUAUAGCAAUUAAUUUAGCUAGGCGGUAAUACUAAGCGCGAAUGAAUGGCAAGGCGAGCGCGUGCGUACCAAUUAGCCAAUUGUAGCAUCCGUCUUUGGUACUUGGCAUAUAAGGAGACACGUGAUUGGUAUUAAUAUCAGCGAUUCCAGUUGUGUUUACAGGGAAGCGGAAGUCGCACAGUGCUAUAUACACGACACAAAUAUAUAAAGCUAGAAAUAAAUACUCCAUGAAUCAAAUAAGUGUCUUAGAAUUGUUUGGGACAUGUAGUUCUCUUACAUAUUGUCGCUUAGAACUAACGUCAUUAGGCGGAAAUUAUUACUUGCCGGUUGGGAUGAUGACGUGAUCACCUGCAGAUAUAGGAUUGAUAAUUGAUGCACAUCGCCGGGGAUCAUCACAAUGGAGGACGUACCAUCUUUAACACUGUGAUCAACCUCAAAGGCCUCUUCACGACAGUCUGUCCCAGACUCACAACACCGUCACCAUGGGGGGAAUAGUCCAGAUGCACUUCACCACGGUGGACUAUGUCAUUUUUGCGUUGCUAUUGGUGGCUUCAGCUGGUAUCGGUUUAUUUUAUGCCUUCUCCGGUGGACGCCAGCGUACAACACAAGAGUUCCUGAUGGCUGACCGCUCAAUGAGCUGGCUACCUGUUUCUCUGUCACUGCUCGCCACUUUCCAGUCAGCGGUGGCAAUUCUGGGCGCGCCCUCUGAAGUGUACACGUUUGGGACGCAGUACUGGUUCCUGGGCUGCUCAUACUUCCUGGGACUCCUCAUCCCAGCCCAUGUUUUUAUACCGGUCUUUUACAGGCUGAGGCUUUCCAGCGCAUAUGAGUAUCUGGAGCUGCGAUUUAACAAGACAGUCCGUAUAUGUGGAACGAUGACCUUCAUCUUUCAGAUGGUCAUCUAUAUGGGGGUUGUCCUUUAUGCACCGGCUUUGGCACUCAAUGCAGUCACUGGUUUUGAUCUAUGGGGAGCAGUGCUUGCCAUGGGACUUGUGUGCACUCUCUAUACCUCUCUGGGGGGCCUAAAGGCAGUGAUGUGGACCGAUGUCUUCCAGACAGUGGUAAUGUUUGCUGGGCAGCUUGCGGUUAUCAUUGUAGGAGCACACCAGGCAGGAGGAAUUGCAGAGGUCUGGAGGAAAGCCGUGAACGGCAGCCGCAUUGCAGGACUAGACCUCAACCCAGACCCUUUGGAGCGUCACACCUUUUGGACAUUGGGAGUGGGUGGAAUAUUCCUGAUGCUGGCUCUGUAUGGGGUCAAUCAGGCCCAAGUUCAGAGAUACCUCAGUUCUCGCACGGAGAAAGAGGCUAUUAUGUCGUGCUAUGUUGUUUUCCCAUGCCAACAGAUCGUCCUGUGUUUAGGAUGUUUGAUGGGGCUGGUUAUGUUCGCUCGCUAUGGAGAAGACAGCCCGUUAGAUAAGGGUUAUGUCAAAACAAAUGAUCAGAUGGUGUUAUACUUUGUGAUGGACGUAUUUAAGGAUCUGCCUGGCCUCCCAGGACUGUUUGUUGCCUGUCUCUUCAGUGGAGCUCUCAGUACUAUCUCUUCAGCCUUCAACUCCCUGGCAACAGUAACCAUGGAAGAUCUAAUUAAACCUCAUUUUCCCAACAUGAAUGAGUCGAAAGCUACACUACUGUCCAAAGGAUUGGCGCUGGCCUACGGCCUGGUAUGUCUGGCCAUGGCUUACCUCGCCUCUGUAAUGGGAUCUGUGUUGCAGGCAGCCUUAAGCAUCUUUGGUAUGGUGGGUGGUCCCCUGCUAGGACUCUUUUGCCUGGGGAUGUUUUUCCCUUGGGCCAACUCCAUUGGGGCUUUGGUUGGAUUAGCAGCAGGGCUCGCCAUGGCCUUCUGGAUUGGCAUUGGCAGUUUUGUAAUGCGUCUGCCUAGUGCUGUGCCACCGCUCAGUACUGCCACGCAACCCCCUUUUGUGAACAUGACUACUACAGUCAUGACCUCAUUGAUCAAUGGCACCACAACCAAACCUAGGCCGACAGGUGUUGACGCAAUCUAUUCAUUGUCCUAUAUGUGGUACAGUGCUCACAACUCCACCACUGUGGUGGUAGUGGGACUCCUCGUCAGUCUGCUUACAGGACCAAUGAAGGAGAAGCAACUGACCCCUGGAACAGUGUACCCCGUCUUGGGAAAUCUGCUUUUCUUUCUGCCUGAACGCUACAGAGAGAAACUCUGUUGCAUCACUCCUCUAGCGCAAAAGGAUGACUUUUGCCAAGUUCCUGUUAUAAGUAAAAAAGCAAGUCAACAUAACGAUGACCCGGGAAUUCCUUUUUCCUUUCCCGCUGUGAGUCAUUGUGUCUUUGUUGACCAGCGCGACGAAGUCAACGCGCAGAAUUAUGAGAGAGCCAAGAAAGGAGCAAAUGGAGAGGCUUACUGCAAAGAGGACAUGGUCACCGAGGACAAAGAAAUGGAGAGUGACGGCGUGCAGACGGAAGAUGAGGAAAGCAAGGCGGCUCUCCCAUCGUGCAAGCUAACUGCUCACUGCGUGGAAGAAACGGCCCUCUGAAACCCCUCUUCACCAAAUCCAUAACUAAAGUGAGACCCGGUGGGGUAAUGCAAUAAUUUGGUUACCGUGAUAGGCGCUGGUAACUAUUGAUGGGAAAGUACUGUCUAACGGGAACAGAGGUGCCUUAAAGGGACAGACAACAUGUAGCGUCAGUGACCUUCAUGUGAUAGAUGGUUGUUCAAAGUAUUUAAGUAUACAAAUGGCAAAUUUAUUAGACCUCUGAAAAUUUGAAAAUAAUGUCUAAACAAAAAAAAUGACUGCUUCCGAAUAGGGCUGCAGCUAUCGAUUAUUUAGGUAAUCGUUGAAUCUAUCGAUUAGUGAGAGUAAUUGGAUUAGGAACAUUUGAUUGCAGGUUAUGCAGAAUUGCACUUUCAUAACAAGGCCAAUAAAUUCAAAUAAAUUAAAAUACCUGAGCUUAGCCUCAUACGGUAUAAAAAAUUAAUAAAUGAGGAUUUAAGUGCAACAAAAGAACAAUUGGCUAGCUUGCAUAGCAAAAGUCCGCUAGCUUAAAUGCUAUAAAAUGCUCACAUUUUUUACAAAGCUCUUAACAAUUCGAAUUCUCAUAAAAAAAAAAAAAACUCCUAAAUAUACUUAUAAAAUAAAUAAUGACUGCAAAAACAAACAUAUUAGCUCAAACAGAAACAUACCUUAUGUCGGUCUUGACAGGGAGCAGCUGGAUUCAGCCAUGUAAGACGAGUUGUGGCACAUUCACUUGCCACUAGAGGGCAGUGUAUCCACCCAAAUCAAUAAAACUAAGUGCACACUUUCAAAACAAACCAUUACAAUGUCAUUCUAAUUAAACCAAUACUCGAAGCAGCAAUUUUUGAUUCAAAGCUUUUUUCUAAUCGAACUACACAAGUUAAUUGAUUAAUCGUUGCAGCACUACUCUGAGUGCAGCCAUUUUGUGACGUCAGUUAUACUCAUGCACAUACAUACUGAUAGAUUCGAGCUUUGUGAUAAUGAGCAUCGGUAACAUCAUGAGGAAGGACGAGCAAUCUGGGAGACUCACUUUCGAUUGGCUAAAAAAAUACCGACAUUAAUAAAAUGUCUUCCAAAUAAGGGUGACAAGUUGACACUUUACAUAAAACUUACAUGUUUAUCCACAAUCAUCAAAACAUCAAAACAAUGAAUUUCUGCGUGUUUUUUUUUUCUUUAAUUUAUCGAAAGAUUGAUUCUGCAGAGAUGCACGUGAUAAUAUAGUUGUCUGUCUCUUUAAGCAAUGUUGAGAUGCGAGUGCAAGUCAUACAGCAACACUAACAUCCAGCAAAUUCAGAUCAUGUUUUGAGAGACUUGAUCACAAAACAAAUCAGACUUGUCUCUCAUGUCACCACUGUAUCUUGAAACAAGACUUGCUCGGAAAGAUACCCGUUUCUAAUUGGUCCUUACGUUUAGUCAUUAAAGCACAAAUAGCUGUUCUGACUUGAGCCAGGUACGAAGUGGAGAUAUGCCACAUUAUCUAUCAAGCGUAGAAAAGAUAGAAAUAUUUACAAGAGAACUAUUUUGAGAGUAGAAAAUGACAAAAAACCAAAACGGAAGCAUUUGUUCUAGUGCUGUGCUGUCUACCUUAGUUUACUUUAAGUGAUGUUUAGCUGCUAAUGUAGAUUUGUUCGUUAAUGUUCCAUACCAUUAGUUUGAGAUGGUCCGAGUUCGAUCAGAAGAAUGCAUUUCAUGUUUAACCAUCACUUUUACCACUACAACACUAACAAGAACUUUUUAGACAUCGGAGUCUCUUUUGUUUUAUUUGCAACCAUCCUCUGUACUCAAGUCAUCUUUAAAUUGGAAAGCAAUCUGAUACCAUCUUAUUUUUAUUUUUUAAAGUACGAUGGAAAGUGGAGGACUGAUAGUGGAGGAGCUUGCAAAUAAUUAAAUGAGAUUAAGCCAUAGUUUAGCACUGCUGGUUAAUACCAGGUGUUGAUGAAUUGGGAGAUCUACAUGAAGGACAUGCCUACAAAAACAUUGUUUGAAAAUGAGAGAGACAGCGAAAACCAAAAAGUGGUAUACUAUUUACCAUGUUGCAAAAUGGAUUUUGCAAUGUGAUUUUUUUUUUUUUUUUUUUUUUUUUUUUGCCAUGUGGCAUUUUUUUCUUUUGCCAUGUGGCAAAAUGGAUUUCGACAUGUGGGAUUUUUUGGGUAUAUGACAAAAUGGAUAUUGGUUUGUGGCAUUUUUUGGGGGGUAUGUGGCGUUUUUUGGGUGUAAAUGGCAGGUUUGCAGGCCAUGCAUGUCCAUGCCAUUGGCGGCUAUGCACAUCCAAAUUUUCCAUUCAUUUUAAAUGGCAGAAAAACAUGUUGGCUGUGAUUUUUGACCAUACACGUUACAUUACAGCGCAUUGACAUUCAACUGACACAUAAGUCAGGCUAUGCCACUGACGGCUAUGAACGUCCAAAUUUUCCAUUCAUUUUAAAUGGCAGCAAACGCGUGGUUGUGAUUUUUGACCAUACACUUUACAUUACAGCGCACUGACAUGCAACUUGCAUCCAAGGCAGGCUAUGCCAUUGACGGCUAUAAACGUCCAAAUUUUCCAUUAAUUUUAAAUGGCAGAAAAACACGUGGCUGUGAUUUUCAGCCAUCCACUUUCCAUUACAGCGCAUUGACAUUCAACUGACACAUAAGUCAGGCUAUGCCAUUGACGGCUAUGAACAUCCAAAUUUUCCAUUCAUUUUAAAUGGCAGAAAACGCGUGGUUGUGAUUUUUGACCAUACACUUUACAUUACAGCGCACUGACAUGCAACUUGCAUCCAAGGCAGGCUAUGCCAUUGACGGCUAUAAACGUCCAAAUUUUCCAUUAAUUUUAAAUGGCAGAAAAACAUGUGGCUGUGAUUGCCAGCCAUCCACUUUCCAUUACAGCGCAUUGACAUUCAACUGACACAUAAGUCAGGCUAUGCCAUUGACGCCUAUGAACAUCCAGAUUUUCCAUUCAUUUUAAAUGGCAGAAAAACAUGUGUGGUUGUGAUUUUUGACCGUGCACUUUACAUUACAGUGCAUUGACUGCAACAGGCACCGAAGUCAGGCCAUGUCAUUGACGGCUAUGAACGUCCAAAUUUUCCAUUCAUUUUGAAUGGCAGAAAAAAAUGUGUGGUUGUCAUUUUUGACAAUACACUUCACAUUACAGCGCACUGACAUGCAACUGGCAUCCAAGUCAGGCUAUUCCAAAAAAAUGCCACGUCAAAAUCUAUUUUGCCACAUGGCAAAAAAAUGCCACAUGGUAAAAUCAAUUUUGCCACAUGGUAAAAUCAAUUUUGCCAUAUGCCAAAAAAAUGCCACAUGGCAAAAUCCAUUUUGCCACAUGGCAAAAUUCAUUUAUACCACUUUUGGUUCUUGGCCCUGCUGGAAAAAGGAGAAUGUUUUUAAUUCCAUCAACGAUAUUGGGAGUUAUAUACGAUCUAUUACAUUUUUUCAGAGAAUUUGCCAUUGAAACCUCAGAUUGAUUUUAACUUGCUGUAAAGAAAGGCUACAUAAAUGUCAGUUAGGUGGCCUUUUUUUCGUUAUGAUUUUUACACAUUUUACAUAAUUCUAUUUUAGCUCUUAAAUUAUUUGUCAGUUAACCCAUUUAUUUAUUAAUCGAUAAUUUAUUACAGCUGCUUCUAGGUACUAAGUAUAUUCAUCAAUGGCUUUUGCAGAUUCCAUCAUUCAUAUUAGAAGACAUCUAAAUAUACGAGGAGUAAAUACUGUUGUAUUUAUUUAGGGUUGAAACCUCUUCAAAUUUGAAUUAUAGAUGGAAUGAUAAACAUUUUAAUUUUGGUGGCCCAAAAUUACAUGACAAAAGGGAUACGUCCCUUCAAUGCUCCCUUCAGACUAAGAUAUAUAUUGUUUUUCUCAAGCUACUGUACCACAUUGUUGUGGUCAAGUACACAACACAUUGGACAUUUUGGAGUUAAUUUGAUAGAUGCGGUACCAUAUUUCACGCACUAUAAGGCGGAUCGGAUUGUAAGGCGCAACUUCAAUGAAUGUCCCAUUUUAAAACUGCUUUCAAAUAGUGCGUUUUGUAUUGAUACAAGGGCGUAGGUUUGGUCUCAACAUUGGUAGAGACAUAAUAGCAUAACCUGCAUGUACUCUUUUUGCUUGGGAUGCGACAUUAAUAAGACCAAACAUUCGGUGAACGGGGGUCAGGGCUACAUUUCUCACGAAUUUGAACCUAAUUAAUUUAUAGGCUAAAUGAUCAAUGCAAAAUUAAUCUGUACUGACUAAUACUUCAUGUGUAUUGGUUCAGGUAAUACACCGUUCGAACCUUCGUUUCAAAAACUACUAAAGAAACAUAUUGAAAACAUCCAAAAUAAAUGUCUGGAUUUUAUUAGCAAAUAUAAAUUGCAAUAUAUGAACAUCAAUUAUAUUAGCAUACACAAUGAAUAUAAACUUGUUAAUCAUCUCUUAACUAUUCUGGAAUGCAAGAAUUAUUUUUUUAAGACCACUAAACGUUGUCUAAAUAAAUUCAUUAAAUGUAACUGAAAAAAUGUCUUUGUCAUGGAAUAACAAAAAAAUAAAUUAAAAUGGAGCCUUCCAUCAGGUAAAACACUACUCCUUUUGUCCAGAAGCACAAACUCCACAAAAAAUGAACGAUCCUUUGGGCUGCUUUCAGUCUACAUAAAUAAAUAAAAUAAAAUGAAAAUUGACUGACUCUCACAGACUGGGGACCUCGCUCUCUAAACAGCUUCUUGCUCACAUUUUUCUGGUUCCAUAGUGUCCAGCAGAGUUCACUACAUUUCUUAGUUUAAUUAAUGUUAACAGUACAAACACAUACAGGAGGACACUUCUCUCUAAGCAACAUUAUACUUGAGUUUUGCAGGUUUGCAAGUUCACACUGUUUAAUGUUAUGCUGACUUUGAUGCAGGUCAGACUUUCAGUAGCAAAAUUUGUGGUGUGUUUCCACCACCCGUCUUUUUACAUAACUUACAGUGGGUGCUGGUGGUUGAAAAAACCUCUUUGAAGGGGGCGGAGGAGGCGGCAUGUCGUUGACAUGUAAUUCUGUCAGCGCUAUGCGUGUAUGUGUGUGUUCGAGUCAUUUGCCAGUCAAACGUGCGUUUGAGGGGAAAAAAAUGGACCAGCACAUGCAGCAAGUGUAAAGGGUCAAUUUAAAUCUGAACAUAAUGAAAAUAACUCACUUAGUAAUGGUAGAGUCAAUUCUAUCUUUAUAACAUAUGUGAAGACAAUCUAAAUUACCUAUUUAACUGAACUCAUUAUAAAAUGCAAAUAAGGUUGCUUAAAAACUAAACUCCUGAAAAUUUGGUAGUGUUAUGUUCCUACCUAUGCAAACCUACGCCUUUGUAUUCAUAUACAUGUGCAUUAUAAGGUGCGUUAGCAGCAGUAGCAGUAGUAGUAGUAGUGGUUGGGAUUGCGUUAUGGAUCCACUAGAUGAAGCUGCACUAAAGGGAAUAUCAUGCCAUGUUUAACCAAAAUUGAUUCAUAUACUGUAUAAGGCGCAUUGGAUUAUAUGGCGCAUUGUUGCCUUAUGAGAAAAUUAAAGGCUUUUAAGUGCACUUUAUAGUGCAGAAAAUACGGUAUUUGCCAGUUCGCUCAUUUUUUAAAUAUUUGUUCCCCCGUUGUAGUUUCUGAUAUCAUUAAAACAAAUAUAAAUGUCAGACAAAGGAAAGCCAAGUAAACAUGAACAGUUUUCAAAUGGUGUUUUUUUUUUUGUAAUUACCAUUAAAUAAAACUAUUUAUGGCUACCUGGCCCUGAGCGAAAAACAUAACUGCUCCUAAACUUUAAAAAAAAAAUAAUUGGUUGGAACACCCUCAGAAGCAACAACUGAUUUCAAGCCUCUUUAACAGUGAUUCUUAAGCUGGGUUCGGUGAGUGACUUUAAGGGGUUCGGCGAAGUUUAAGACACGUACUCGUACACUGACUAAAUAUAGGCAAAGUGGUGGUUCUAACAAGGGUUUGAACUGGUUACUGCCAAUUUACAGACCGUUGCCCAGUUGGUAGCUCGAGUUGUCCUGGGACCGAAGGGUCUAUGGUUCGAUUCCCGGGCCUUUGGACAAGGCACUGAACCCUAAUUUGACCUCAAUGAGUUGGCAGCGCCUUGCAUGGCAACAGCACCACUGGUGUGUGAAUAUGUGCAUAAAAGGGUAAAUGUGUGGUAAUGUAAAGUGCUUAGGGCAUUGCAACAAUGUAGAUAAAUGCGCUACAUAAGUACUCUGCAUUUACCAUUCCAAAGACUUUGCAAAAAAAAAAAAAAAAAAAAACGCCGAUAGGCGUAACACGAACCCAAAAUGACCACAACGGAAGCAGACUUGGAAGUGUACUUAAAACGGUAGAUAGUCUUUGGUAGAUAUCGCUUUGUGACCAUCUCUGCCUUAGGCUUGCCAGAAGUAGUCUUAAAAAGGAGAUCGUUGUAUAUAUGUUAGCUACAAACGUGAUCAUUAGUAAAGAUCGUUGAAUGAUGUUAGCAGCUAAUGGUAGCCAGUCAGACAUUCAGUGUUGUGCUUACUUCAGUUAUAAGUCUGACUUCCGUUGUAAAUCACAACUCAUCGUACUUCCAUUGUCGAUGUGGUAAUUUAGCAUUAGCGCUAUUUUUAUGCAAGGAUCUAUUGACUAAUCCGAGUAGUGAUGACCUCCAGUGGUUGCCGCCAUUACUGGGGUGUUUACACACCUCAGUUGAAGCCCAACGUCAGUCAAUGUAAACACUAAUGUUAGCUACUGUUGACUGUGUGCUGCGUGCGGUACACCUCAGCAAUGGCGGACGCGGUACUUCCGAUCAUUUCAGUCAGAUUAGUCAAUACUGAGUGAUAAUGAUAGAAGCUAACGUCAUAUAUUGAUGUCUACUGGAUGACUACUUUCGUUCAUGUUGAGGCAAUUAGCAUUAGUAUUUUUUUUUCUUUUGCAAAGUGUUUGAAAUUUCCAAAUUGCCUGAUACUUCACUGCCACCCAGGGGUUGCGUUAACCGGAUAUUUUCCGUCGUUGACCGGGUUUUUAAAACGGUGACGGAAAAAACUGAAGUCCGUCCGUCAUUUUGACAGGUUGCAAUUCACACCCCAGACCACAGGGUGGCGAGUUAGCAUAUUAAUUAGCUAUUGUCUCUCUUAAUGCAUGACGUCGUUGGCUCUUCUGUCAGAAUAUUGUAGCGUCACCGGGGUCUGGCGGCGGCACCGUGAUUGACACAUCAACGCGAGGUUCUUAUUGGUGCACCCGGUGUGCCAGCGUUACAUGACGUCACAACUCCGCCCCCCUGACUGGAGCCGCCAUAUUGUGUGUCAGCUCGUCAUGUUUACACAUUACCGCUACGUACAUGCCUCCUAUUACGGCGUGUUUUUCUGCUCGUUAAUAUUAAUAAUCAAAAUGGUGAAGGCGUGUGUGGCGGUUGGUUGCUGUAACAGAGAAGAUAGAGGGAGAGACUUGAAGUUCUACCGUAUUCUGAGAGACCCGAAGAUGAGAGCAAGAUGGACUGCUGUAAUUCGACAAGAAAUCUGGGCACCAAACGAUCACCACAGACUAUGUAGUAGUCAUUUUAUAUCUGGUAAGAUGCAUUUAAUGUAUAUUUAGAAGAUUUUGGGCUGACAACCACAAUUAAGAUCAUUGUGUAUCGUUGGUGAUUGGGGUCUAUAUCGUUGCCUCUUUUUCUUCGGGGGCGGAGUUGUUGGCGGUAAGCAGAGUAAAAAGGGAGAAAAAUACCACGACUUCCGUGUCUAAUUUUUCGCCGCCAAGCAAGCGUUACAAUAUUAAUUAAAAAUAAAUGAAAACUAAAUACUAUUGAAUAUGUCAUCAUUAUCAUUUUAAAAAUUUAAGUGACGGGUAAAAAUAGACUAUGACCGGAUUUUUAUGACCCUGUCAGUCAAAAUGACAGACAACGAAAAUGUCUAGCGCAACCUCUGCUGCCACCAUAAGAAACAGAUGGCCGAAUAUUCCCCUUUAGGAAUUUUCUGUAAAGAAGAGAAUUCAUGAUUCCAUUAUUCACAGCAAAGCUUAAGGCCCUGAAGUAGCAAAGCAACCCCUGACAAGCACAGUACUCCUGGCAUGUUUACCGCAGCUUGGUUUUAGGUCUUUUAACAAACAUAAUUUAAUCAGACAUUGAUUUACAAGGAUUUUCGGGGCGCAAUUAGAACUGCAUUUGUGUUUACUUGGAUUAACUUUGUCUAUUUUAAUUAUUUAUUUGAUGAUGUUAAACAUUUAUUAGGGAAACUACUCAGAAAAUAUCCACUUUAGACAGGAGGAAAUAAUUUUUGACAGCACUCGUCAUAGACCACCAAUAAUAAGUGCCUCAUUUCAUCAUCAUCUUGGUUAUGAGAAUGAGAAUUGGAGUCUGUAUUCAGGUUCUUUAACACUGAAUGUCCUGUCUUGUUAUUGUAUACAAUUGUAUUGUACACUGUUGUUGCCAGUAUGUGACUAAUUGAAGUCAUUGUCCCUUUUUGCUUUAUCGCCAAUGUUUUUUGGAAUCUAAGAAUUCUUGCCCACCUCAUAGUAACUCGGCCAUCCAUUGUCUUUGUUUGAAACGAAGAGUUUUAUCAUGUUGCGAUAAACUCCACAGCCAUGUUAAGUUACAUGGCUUCCAAUGGUUUGUUUCAAGACUACAGUCUGACCUUAACACAAGAACACUAUGGGGAUUUCUAACAUAAUAAAGAAGCCUUGGUUUUAGUUGCCUUAUACACACUCCUGUUUAGAUGAAACCAGGUUUUUACAAAGCACAGUCUAGACAAUCAAGGUGAGAAAGGCAACCACAGAAGAUAUGCAACAUUUUUGUUUUAUUUUGAAAAGGAUUUGACUGUAGCUCACUUGUUAGACCUUUUGAAGCCACACAAAUGUUUUGUUUCGUCUUUCUGAAAUACCUCAAUUCGUCCAACGCAUAUAGAAUAGAGUGCUGAUUUUUGACGAUUUGAUUUUUACUAACAGAGCAUGUUUUAGAUCAUAUUUGUAUGUUUUUAUAAUUUCACAUUAAGCCUCCGCACAUUUCAAGAGUAGAAAUGUGCAAUUCUAUAUGCAAUAAGUUGUGUUUUUUCUUUUUCUUUGUGAAUGACAGGCUGAAUUGGGAAUGCAGCAAUUUUAGUUACAUCCCACAUUCAAGCUUCCGUCUUCACGUUUUUAUGCGACUUUUUACAGAGUUGUAUGUAUGUGAUGAAUCUUUUAAUAAUUGCAGAUUCUUCAUGGUACCUGAAAUUACUUGAAGUGUAUGUGCCUGUAAUGAUAUGUGGAUAAAUGCCCCUUUACACUGUGAGGAAAGCAAACUGGAGCACUGAAAUUUUCUGAUUUUAUUUUUAUAUACAGUGUAUGAUUUUUGUUAAGAUUCCUUGACCCGUUAUUUAAAAACUUAAAAGCACAAUAAAGACACAAACUCAUAUUCGUCUAGUAAAUGAAAAAAAAAGAGUGAAGAAUAUACGGUCCAAUAUCGCUACAUGAUUCUCAAUUACAGUGGUAUGAUUUUCUCACAUUUCUGCAUGAAAUCACCAUCAAAUGUGAUCUGAUCUAUGUCAAAAUCACACAGAUGAAUAAACAGUGUCUGCUUUUACUAAAACCACCCAAACUUUUAUAGGUUUUCAUUUUUUAAUGAGGAUAGUAUGCAAACAGUGACAGAAAGGGGGAAAAAUAAGUAAGUGAACCAUUACAUUUAAUAUUUUGUGGCCUUUCAAUCAGAUGCUUACUGUAGCUGCACAUCAGUCCAGCACAUCGAUCAGGACUAAUCCUGGCCCAUUCUUCUCUACAAAACUGCUGUAGUUCAGUCAGAUUCCUGGGAUUUCUAUCAUGAAUCAAUGUCUUCAGGUCAUGCCACAGCAUCUCAAUGGGGUUCAAGUCUGGACUUUGACUUGGUCACUCCUGAACAUGUAUUUUGGUCUUCUGAAACCAUUCUGAAGUGGAUUUACUUCUGUGUUUCGGAUGAUUGUCUUGUUGCAGCAUCCAUCCUCUUUUUAGCUUCAACUGUCUGACAGACGGCCUCAGGUUUUCCUGCAAAACAUCCUGAUAAACUUUUGAAUUCAUUCUUCCAUUAAUGACUGCAAGUUGUCCAGGCCCUGAGGUAGCAAAACAGCCCCAAAUCAUGAUGCUCCCUCCACCAUGCUUCACAGUGGGGAUGAGUUGUUGAUGUUGGUGAGCUGUUCAAUUUUUCCUCCACACAUGAUGUCUUGUGUUACUCCCCUUUGAUUUCAUCAGUCCAGAAAAUAUUUUGCCAUUACUUUUGUGGAGUGUCCAAGUGCCUCUUUGCGAACAUUAAACGAGCAACAAUGGGUUUUUUUUUUAGACAGCAGUGGCUUCCUCCGUGGAGUCCUCCUGUGAACACCAUUCUUGGCCAUAGUUUUCCAUAUAGUUUGUGUGUGCACAGAGAUACUGGACUGUGCCAGUGAUUUAUGUAAAUCUUUAGUAGACACUCUAGGGUUCUUUUUUACCUCUCUUAGUAUUCUGCGCUGAACUCUUGGCGUUAUCUUUGGUGGACGGCCACUCCUUGGGAGAGAAGCAACAGUGCCAAAAGCCAACUUCUCUGACUGUCGAUUGAUGAACAUCCAGACUUUAAGAGAUUGUUUUGUAUCCUUUCACAGCUUUAUACAAAUCGACAAUCCUUGAUCGCAGGUCUUUAGACUGCGCUUUUGACCGAGCCAUGAUGCAUAUAAGACAAUGCUUCUCAUCAAGACAUUUCUUACCAGAUGUGUGUUUUAUAGUGGGCAGGGCAGCUUUAGACCACUCAUCAGUGAUUGGGCACACACCUGACUUAAACCGUUUGGUAAAGAUUGGUUUCAAUUGCUCUUUAAGUCUUCUCAGGCAGAGGGUUCACUUACUUCUUUUCUCCCCUUUUGUCAUUGUUUCCAUGCAAUCCACAUUAAAAUAUGAAGACCUAUAAAUGAUAUUAAAAAAAAACUGUGUCUGCUUUAACUAAAACCAACCAAGGUUUUAGUUAAAGCAGACACUGUUUUUUCAUCUGUGUGAUUCUGACAAAGAUCAGAUCACAUUUGAUGGGGAUUUUAUGCAGAAUUGUGCGAAAUUCCUAACAGUUCAGAUGUUUUUUCAUACCACUGUAUAAACUUGCAGUUGCAGUACGAUUCAAAUUUUACAAUACAUUUACAGGCUGGACUGCACAAAUAACCCACUUUGUGCAAGAAAAGCAUGGCACUUAGUAAUUUCUGCCUUAAAUAAAUAUUGUUCGCAGCAAUAUUUAUUCUCUGUGUUCCAUCCCGCAAGAGUUCUAACUUAUGCAUUCCAAAAAGAAAAAUCUUCUUGAUGUCAAGGUGAUUCCUCAGCUUUUGAUGUGCCUUUAUUUUUUUUGUAACAUCUCAUUUGUUGUGUAUAUGAGAUAUUGCCAUGAAUGAUUUUUAAGAUUUGAAAAAUACUCCAAAUGGGCGUGACGGAAAAAUGGUGUACCUCUUGAUUCAAUUGUUAUUUUGUUUCAAAUACUUUGGAUGUAUGUAAGAAUAGAUGUUUGAGUUUUAUUUACUUGAAUUGAGAUAUUAAAGUGAUUUUAAAGUCC